ACAGUCAGAGACGGAUUGCGCUGUAAUCGUUCAAGUUGAGAUAACGACUGUGCGAUGCGUGCACGGACGUGCUCUUUUGCCCACAUUUCUUCGCCGACUAACAGCAUUCCGCCCCACCCCAAAGAAAGAAACACCAUCACCUCAAUCAGGAAGCACCGUGACAUAUUCUCUACGAAGAAACGUUUUGAAAACAUCACAACCGUGAAGAAGGCGUUGUGUUUUGCUCGCUAACGUCCGGUUGAUAAAACAGCGACGUGCGACACCGAGACCGAAGCCCGUCCAGCUGAGGUUCUGCUGUGCAUGCAUCUGAUUCGGUCCAAGCGGAGAAGGUCUCUGUCGGCAGCAUGGGACAGCAUUUAGGAAAGAAGGAGCCCCAGGAAGACAUCAGGGCUCCGUCGCCCCAGCCCGAAGCCACCAGAAGGAGGGGCAGCUGAAGAACCAGCAACCGUGGAAACGGACUCGCAAGACGAAGUGUUUGGCCUGGGUGAGGCAGAUGUGAACCAGAACAAUGGCCACGUCCUCGGAGGGGCCAGCGGUUGACUGACGCCACGGGCGCUGAGGGGCCCCGCCGACCCCGAGGCCCCCUUCCGAGGCGGACGACCCGGAGGGCGCAGUGCCACGCCCCCACCUGGUCCGCCUCUUUUCCCGAGAUGCGCCGGGGCGGGAGGACAACACCUUCAAAGACCGCCCCUCCGAGUCAGAUGAGCUGCAGACCAUCCACGAGCACAGCACAGCGGGUUCAGAGUGCGGUUCGGAAAGCCCUGAGCAGGACCUAGAGUAGCUUUUGCCUUUUGUUUUUUCGCAUUCCCCUUUUACGUUUCCGUUGCCCGACUCACCCCCUCGCAUCCUUCGCCUCUCACCCCGUCGUCUGGAUAAAGAGAACCCAAGCGUUUGGCUUAUUCCCGAGAAACUGCCCCCCAGCUUCAACUCUUAAUAACCAUGGCCUCCGCAAGCAGCUCCGCUCAGGCAGCCUUCGGGCUGGGCAGGAAAAAGAAGACCCCCACCCUCAUGGAUCAGAUCGGGACCUUCUUUGGAGGGGACAAGAAGAGGAAGAGCAAGGGGUCCUUCCGUGGAGCUCUGUCCCCCGCCCCCCAGAAAUCCACCGCCGCCUCUCCCCGUAAGCGCGGCACCGAGAACGCCGUGGUGACGUUCUUCAGAACUAUUGUGUCCCCUGCCCCACCCAAGUCUAGGUGGACUGGAAUGGCAGCUAAGAUGGGCCUGGGGAGCCAGAAGUCACAGCCCAAAGCAAAGAAGGCGGCAGCCGGGGACGGUAAAGGCAGCCUUACCAAGAUCUUCAAAAUGGGAAGCAGAAGUGCUUCACCAGCCAAGCGCUGAAGAAGUCCCUGAUGGAAGCUUACCCUCUUCCAACGGCAACGCGGGCCCAACCCCUGUCAUCAACAACAAAAACAACAGCAAGGGACGAACGAGAGAGGGAAAAGAAAAUGAAGAAACUAAAAUAUCUCCGUGCCUCUCACUCUCCAAAACCUCAACUGUUUCCUGCAUCUUAACACGCUAACACUUGCCUUAACUGUCCUACGACCUCACCCUUACCACCUUGAUCUCCCCUCCUCCCCCACCUCCCUCUCCAAAUGCGGCUGCUAGAUAUUACAAUCUGUGCCUGCUCCCCAUCCACCCCCCCCCCCCCCCCCCCCCCCAAUCCCAGAGUCCCAUGUAGUGUUCGUCGGCGUUGUAUGGUGUGUUUGCUGCAGUGGUUCCUGCAUUCUCUCACAAGCGCAGCGCUGAUUGGACGCCUUCUGGGCCUCUCGUUACAUGUGCUUCAAAAGUGUCUGUGUCUUUAGUCGUUUUGCUCACAUAAAAGGUGGCUGAAGCGGACGUCACCCGAACAGGAAGUAGAGGGCCGGUCGCAGGUCUUUCUGACCUAACCGCGGACAACCCUUGUGAGUGUGUGAAGAACGGGUGUUGCUCCGCAUCAUUUCUUUUUUAAAGGUGUUUUUCUGUCUCGUCUUCUCCGUUGUCGUGUCUUCUCCAAGAACCCUGUUUACGCGUCGCUAUGAUUUAUGUUCUAAACCGAUCUAACAUGGUUUUAACGUUACACGUUUUAAUGGAACAUGUUCAUCGUUUUUGUAUUCCUCCUCUCAUCUUUAGACCCUCAUGGGGUCAAACAUGUGUUCUGUCUUCAAUGUGAUGUCUGAUCUACGUUUGUUAAUAAAACAAUGUGACCUGCUGUAAAGCUUUGAGGUGAACACUGAAUAAACAUAGGGCGAUAUAAAAUCUAUGUUUGCAAUAAAUGCAUUGAAUUCCAAUAAAAUGGAUAAUUCUGCAAUGUCUAACAUUGUCCCCAGCUGUGUUUCUUUUUCUCCAAUUCAUGAAAUAAUAGUGUGUAAUGAAGUCUUCUAUAAUGUCAUAAACAUUAUGUUAUGAACCGUUGUUGCUGUCUGAAACAUUUACUCUGCGCUCAGUCUGAGACAGAAGACGGCACCUGAACAAUGAUGGUCGAAAAUGGAUUUCCCUUGACAACUGCAGACACAUUGCACAACUAAUUCAACCCAAAUGCAAUUCAUCUAUUUGUAUCCAUUAUGCUUUCUGCUACCAACAUAUAAAUUAGGUGCUGUGUUUUUCUACUGUGUGGAUUAGAAAAUUAUUUAAAAAAACAACACAUAUUUCAAUAAGGUGCUCUUUACUGAAUGUUGAAAGGCUGCCCUAACUCGUAAAUGGUGAAUAGUUCCAGAUAAUGUGGUUUCUAUAAUUUAUCAUGUAGAAAAAAUACAAAAAAACUUAUCCGUCAUGAAUUUCUCAACUCCUUGCGUGUGCUUGGGUCUGAAGGCUGUAUAAUCAAGUGUGUACACAAGGUUUGAGUUCCCUUGGACUAUGGGCCCUGUGAAUGAAUGUAUAUUAAAACUCAAGGCCCCCUAUGUAAUCAACUGAAUGCUCUACCUGUAAUAAACAUGACCAGUCCCUUAACUUGAAACAAAUAUGUAAAAUAAUUUAAUUAAAAACCAUGAAACCAAA